AUGACCAGGUGUGGACAUCUCUGUGCAAGCUCUAAACGCAUGAGACGCCACUGGAGUGAUGUCCACGGUAUUAGUGGAUCAAAUGACUUUGCCUCUCAUGCACGCUCAGUGAACCUUCAGACAUUCUUUCGCGGUACAAAACUCAAGUAUUUCGAGGUAUCUGUGGAAAGUAGAGCCCCAGGGUCACAGAGUCUCGAUGAAGGGGCUGGGUGUAACAGAAUGGAACCUGCUGUGCACGAUGUUCCGUCACAAGCACAAUCAAUGUCACUAUCUGGGUCGUCUCCUGUGGUGGACCUAGAAACAUUAACCUACUUUCAUCAUUUCACAACUACAACGUGUCUGACCCUUCCCAAGAUUGAUGAUUCUCUACCUGCGUCAAAAUACUGGGGGACAUACAUUGUUUCGUUGGCUCUACAACAACACUGGCUGAUGUGCGGAUUGCUAGCCGUUUCCGCGUACCACUCAGCAACGCUCGACGGAGAGAAAACAGCACAGGAAAAGCACUAUGGGCGGGCAACAAAUCUUCGUUCCGAAUUCGGUGUCGGGUUUAAGAAAAUAAUGAGCAACACUCUAAACAAUUUUCCCACUGAGACUUUCCAGAAAACGAGAACGGUAGCAAUUCAAGUAAGGAGUAUCAUGAGCUGCGCGCGAUGGCUCCCAACUGGACUCGCUGCGAAUCAAGAAGUUGUCCUGGAUUCUACUACAGGCCUAUCUCAGCUACAAUAUUUACUGUGCGAUAUUCGAGAUUUUGCGUCCUCUGAACUAGGGAAAUCUCUAGAAAUUGAGCAGAGCAUGGGCGAUGAUCCUCAAACGUCUUUCGGUACGAACAGCCUACAAGUUACCGUCACAGCACUGGCGGUGCUAUUAAACCGUCUUCAAAUGCUCCCUUAUCGCAUGGCCGAGAUAUUCGGGAAACCGGAUCAUGAGCAAGAUGCCCCGGCUAUUCUACUCAGCAUUGGAGCCUUGAUACGAUGCUGUAGCAGCAUCUGUAAUUGCAAUGAUCUACCAAGGGCAUGGCAAAGUAUAAGCACAUGGUUGAAUAAGACUACGAACCACUUCAAUCAUAUGAUUUCACUUCAUCAUACAGCCGCACUUAUCGUGCUCGCCCACUGGGCGGCAAUUUUGGUUAAAUGGACUGAAGUUUACGAAUGCUGGCUCAUACAAGGCUUUUCAAGGACAAUUGUUUUGCUUAUCUCCGAGCAUCUUUCCAUGCAUGAUGGAGCUCGAGGUUUGGUUGAAGGCUUGCUGGAGUGA